CAUCGCGGCAACACCACCUCCAUGCUCGGCCUCACAUCACUCCGCGCGGCGCUCGCGGUCGCCAUCGAGCCCACGAUGGGCAUUCGCGCCAUGUCUACAACCCACCUGGGUAACCUUGCGCCGGCGAAAGGCAGCACCAAGGUCAAUCUCCGUCGUGGUCGUGGUGAGGGUUCGACGAAGGGUGGACAGGCAGGUCGCGGUCACAAGGGUCAGAACGCGCGCUCCGGCACCGGCAAGCCGACGCCUGGUUUUGCUGGUGGUCAAACGCCCCUGCACCGCCUGUUCCCCAAGCGCGGCUUCGUCAACUUCACGCGCCGCGUCUACGCGCCCCUCCAGGUCGCCACCCUGCAACGCUGGAUCGCGCUCGGCCGCAUCAACCCCACGGCGCCCAUCACGAUCGGGACAGUUGUGCGCGCAAACGCUGUCCACGGGCUUAGCAAGCAGGCGGGCGUCAAGCUCGUUGGCAAGCCUGACACAUCCCUCCCUCUGCCACCAGUCAAGCUCGAGCUGAGCCGGUUUUCGAAGGGUGCAGCCGACGCGAUCAUCGCGGCGGGCGGUGAGGUCGAGGCGGUGUAUCACAACAACUUGAGCUUGCGGCAGGAGAUCUGGCCCGAGAAGAUGCCGCGGCCCGUCAAGAGCGCACUGCCGAUUCGCAGGACGGACAUCGAGUUCUACUCCAACCCCGAGAACCAUGGGUAUCUUGCCAAGCGGGGGAUCGUCAUCGGCAAGCAGGAGUAGAGGAGCAUAGCAUGCACAGUUCAUAUCACGCCUACGGUAGCUGCAGGGGCGGAUAUGUGUGAAGAAGAAUCAGAGCGAAGUAGGCAGCAUGCUGCUCCAAUGCUCACUUCGAUUCAUCCCUGCUGCUACAAUCGUUCCCCAGCGAUUUCAUGCGAUUUCCCGCGACUUCCCGCGACUUCCGCUGACCGGCACGCUUGAAGCACUUCUCCCCUCAUAUUUACGCGCAGCAGCCGUGAGGAGCAUCUCCUCCCGGUCUCCAUGACCUGUGCAAGACGCUCGCUGCGCUCGGGUAUAAUACAUCAACAUACAGAUGAGACUAUCUUAGUAGCCACCACGUCCCCGCCCGCGGCCACCACCGCCACCACGCGAGCUAAACCCACCGCCGCCG